AGUGAGGGCGCAAGCGGCAGGGGCGUGAGAAGAGCGCCCCAGCCCCGGAAGGCCCAUCGGCCCCCAUCAGCUGAGAUGUUCCCCAAUGGCACCGCCUCCUCUCCUUCUUCUCCUAGCCCCAGCCCAGGCAGCUGCGGCGAAGGCGGCAGCAGGGGCGCCGGGGCCGGAGCCGCGGACGGCAUGGAGGAGCCAGGGCGCAAUGCGUCCCAGAAUGGGACCUUGAGCGAGGGCCAGGGCAGCGCCAUCCUCAUCUCUUUCAUUUAUUCCGUGGUGUGCCUGGUGGGGUUGUGUGGGAACUCCAUGGUCAUCUAUGUGAUCCUGCGCUACGCCAAGAUGAAGACGGCCACCAACAUCUAUAUCCUCAACCUGGCCAUCGCCGAUGAGCUGCUCAUGCUCAGCGUGCCCUUCCUCGUCACCUCCACGUUACUUCGCCACUGGCCCUUCGGCGCGCUGCUCUGCCGCCUCGUGCUCAGCGUGGACGCAGUCAACAUGUUCACCAGCAUCUACUGUCUGACGGUGCUGAGCGUGGACCGCUACGUGGCUGUGGUGCACCCCAUCAAGGCAGCACGCUACCGCCGGCCCACCGUAGCCAAGGUGGUGAAUCUGGGCGUAUGGGUGCUAUCGCUGCUUGUCAUUCUGCCCAUCGUGGUCUUCUCGCGCACGGCGGCCAACAGUGACGGCACGGUGGCCUGCAACAUGCUCAUGCCCGAGCCUGCCCAGCGCUGGCUGGUGGGCUUUGUGUUGUACACAUUUCUCAUGGGCUUCCUUCUGCCUGUCGGGGCCAUCUGUUUGUGCUACGUGCUCAUCAUUGCCAAAAUGCGCAUGGUGGCCCUCAAGGCCGGCUGGCAGCAGCGCAAGCGCUCGGAGCGCAAGAUCACCCUGAUGGUGAUGAUGGUGGUGAUGGUGUUUGUCAUCUGCUGGAUGCCUUUCUAUGUGGUGCAGCUGGUCAACGUGUUCGCAGAGCAGGACGACGCCACGGUGAGCCAGCUGUCGGUCAUACUUGGCUACGCCAACAGCUGCGCCAAUCCCAUUCUCUACGGCUUCCUUUCGGACAACUUCAAGCGCUCUUUCCAGCGCAUCCUGUGCCUCAGUUGGAUGGACAAUGCUGCGGAGGAGCCGGUCGACUACUAUGCCACCGCCCUCAAAAGCCGCGCCUACAGUGUGGAGGACUUCCAGCCCGAGAAUCUGGAGUCUGGCGGCAUGUUCCGUAAUGGCACUUGCACGUCCAGGAUCACGACUCUUUGAACUUGCCACGCCGGGGCCCUGCGCCAAGGAAGGAAGAGGAGGAGGAAAAAGGGAGGCCGGGUGCGAGAGGUGAAAGUAUCCCAGGCGUCGGGGUGCGGUGCGCGUGGAGAGACCUGGGAAAGGCGCGGACAAAGGUGGAGUUGGGCUCUUUGUUUGUAAACUGGAAAAGCUUGCGGACUCCUUUCUCCUCUGUUUCCUACUUUCGCUCCUUCCUCCACUGCACUUAAAUUUUUGUACCACUCUCUGUUCCCCACUCUGUAACUUUGAUCUUUCCUUCAGCCCUGUCCUGCUGGUGCAGAUCUGGAACUCAUUAACGUCGCCAACUCAGCUU